GGGCGUCCGUUUGGCUGCUUCCCACCGGUUUGCCUCCCAGAAUGAUCUGUGCUCCCGGUUCAUUUCUACGGUACAAGAACCAGUCGCUGCGGCGUCCCCACAGACAGUGAAGCCCAGAUGCUCACCCUCUCCGCCGACAUGGACGAGUCUUCGUCGCUGCUGGAUCUGCUGGAGUGCUCGGUGUGCCUGGAGCGCCUGGACACCACCGCCAAGGUGCUGCCGUGCCAGCACACCUUCUGCCGCCGCUGCCUGGAGAACAUCGUCAGCUCCCGGAACGAGCUCCGCUGUCCGGAGUGUCGCAUCCUGGUGGACUGCGGGGUGGACGACCUCCCGGCUAACAUCCUCCUGGUCCGCCUCCUGGACGGCAUCAAGCAGCGGCCCCAGCGAGGGAACGGAGGAGGAGGAGGCAGCAGCAGGCAGUCCCUGGCCGGGGGCUCGCUGCAGGGGUACGCAGCCGGGAUAUCCGCUUCUCCCCCGGGCAGUGCGAUCAGAGAGCUGCCUGUAGCCACCAGGAGCUCCCCUGUAAAGAAUAUUCCAGCACUGCCUUGUGGUAAAGCCCUGUACUCCUACGAGGGAAAGGAGCCAGGCGAUCUCCAGUUCUCGAAGGGUGACAUCAUCAUCCUGCGACGUAAGGUGGAUGACAACUGGUACCACGGCGAGCUCAACGGUUGCCAUGGUUUCUUGCCUGCUAGUUACAUCCAGCUGCUGCGUCCCCUGAGCCAGACUCCGCCCCAGGGCAAAGCACUGUAUGACUUUGAGGUCAAAAACAAAGACCAGGAUAAAGACUGUCUGGCCUUCAGCAAGGAUGAAGUACUGACAGUAAUCAGGCGAGUGGAUGAGAACUGGGCAGAAGGCAUGCUGGGAGACAAGAUUGGUAUCUUUCCCAUUCUCUAUGUGGAGUUAAAUGAAACAGCAAAACAGUUGAUGGAGAUCGACAAGCCUACAACAACUAACGCACCAGGUCCGAGCUCUGAGCCAGCCCCAUUGGACCCCUGCUCACCUGGCGCCUCCCCCAGUUCCUCCCCGUCCAAUGGAAACGGCUCCGGCCAUCGGAGAGGUGAAGGGAAGAAAAACGCCAAAAAGCGGCAUUCGUUCACAGCACUGUCCGUCAGCCAGAGAGCGGCCCAACUUAACAAUAGACACAGUAUGGAGAUCUCCCACCCAGUCCUCAUCAGCUCCUCUGACCCCAGGGCUGCUGCACGCAUCCAGGAUGCAUCUUCCCCGGGUCCCUCUCCCUCCUCGGCAGGGGUACUGGUGCCUCCAAAAGUGGCAUCCAUAACCUCUGAGCUGCUGGCCCAUGCCAAGGUGCAGCUUCCACUCAACAUAUACCUGGCUCUAUACGCCUACAAGCCCCAGAAGGCUGACGAGCUUGAACUUAGGAAAGGGGAGAUGUAUCGGGUGACAGAGAAGUGUCAAGACGGAUGGUUCAAAGGCACGUCACUGAGAACCGCAGCCUCCGGCGUCUUCCCAGGGAACUACGUCACCCCCGUGUCCAGGGCUCCUUUUGGAGUUGGUGCUUCUCGGGGCUCGUGUCUGUCCAGUCCAGUAAGCGGAGGAGGAGGAGGAGGAGGAAGUGGGUGUAGUCAGUUGGGGAGUAAAAUCUCCGACCCUUCGUCCCCAGGGUCCCCGGGGCCCUCUUCAUCCCGUCCCUCCACCCCACUGGUAAACUCAGCCAACUCUGUUAACACCGUCAGUCCCGCCUCCUCGCCGCAAACUGCCGCCGCCCAGCUGAAGAACUGCCUGCGCUCCAGCCAGCAUACAGUUAACCAGGCACGCACCUCAAUGCAGCUGGUCCACAGUCCCCCAGCUGGAAGCCCAGAGCGCCCAAUGGUGGCCCUAUCUCCCCUGCGUCCUCAGAGCUCCUCCCCAUCACGUUGCCCAGGCCAAUCAGGACGCCCUCUCUCCAUGGUCUCUCCGGGACCCAGCUUAGGGCCCUCACCCCUCUCUUCCCCGGCCUCGCGGCCCCUCCUCCCCCUCUCGUCUCCUCUCUCCUGCCUCACACCUCCCAACGUGUCAGCAGCGCUCCUUAACGGGGAACCAGGAAGUCCCCUGCAGCCGCCGUCACCCGGACCCUCCCACGUCUCCACGCAGGGUGCCCUCGCUCCCAAAGCAGAAAAGAAGGAGAGGAAAGCAGGAGGUUUGUUAAAGCUGUUGUCGGGGGCGGCGGCCAAGAAAAAACCUCGCUCCCCACCUUCCUCCCCACCCACCCAUGAUCCCUCCUUGGCUGGCCAAGGCGCAGUGGCCACUGACCCCGCCCACCACCCUCACCACCAUCACCACCACGCCCGCUCAGGUUCCUGUCCGAUGGCAUCGCAGGGCCGGGCCGGCUCGUGUCCAAUCGAGAGCGAUAUGGCGGGGGCAAUAGGGCUGGAGCCUCUGCACAGGAAGUCCGGUUCCCUGGAUACCAACUUCCCCUUGUCACCCCCGGCAGCACGCACUGGCAACGCUCUGAUGGUCCUCCGGCCUGAACCCAAACCCCUGUCCAGAGAGAGGUAUCGCGUGGUGGUGCCCUACCCACCCCAGAGCGAGGCGGAGAUCGAGUUGCGGGAAGGGGAUGUGGUGUUCGUCCAUAAGAAGAGGGAGGACGGCUGGUACAAAGGCACCCUGCAGAGGACGGGACAGACCGGCCUGUUCCCUGGCAGCUUCGUCGAGAGCUUCUGAACUGAAAAAAAGUGAAGAACGCACACUGUUCCUGUUUCCGAGUCUCAAAAAAAAAAAAAAAAAAAAAAAGGACACACAAGUUACCAAGUUCUUACUUUCACACACAGAAAACACACACACAUGAAGGUUGGGCCGAUAUUGGUUUUCUAACUUGCCUUAAGAAGCUGCUAACCCUAAAAUAUGUAAUUUGUUUGGAUUUCAAUGGAGUUUUAGUGUCACAUGGUGGUCUUUUUAAGAAGCUUUUUUUUAAGAAGCUCAGAAUAAUCUGCCAAGAAACACUGGACUUUUAGAUAUGAAAAUAAUCAAAUUAAAAGAUGUUGAAUACUUGCACAAAACAACAUUAACGGUAACAGUCUUCAGAAACCCAUAUCAGUCCAACUAACUCACACACAUUUAUAGGAAAGCUAGCCCUGGCUUCAAUUAGCCAGUCAAGAAGCUGGCCGGCUUUUCAGUCCUUUUGCCCCGGGACAGCAUUGGGUUCAUCAGACUCAUGUUGACUACUGAAGGCACACAGACUCAAAGAGCACAGCAACAAAAAGCCCUGCCUCUCCCAGUUCUCCUCCUUGACAUCAUCCACCAGCAAACACGAGCACGAGACCUCAGAGCUUGACUUCCUUGUGCUUUCUUUGUUUGAAAAAGUGAAAAAAUUGAACACCAGGUGAUGAGGGAAGUGUGCGAGCCUACACACUCCAGGAUCAUCGUAAGCACAUCUCCGUGUCUAGUUUGUGACAACAAACAAACUGUUUCUUUUCAACUCGAUAUAUGUUGAUAACAAUACAUGUAGCAUUAUUAUGUUUUAUUAUAUGUUGAAAUUGAUAUUAGUGUUGUCUCAAACUAGUCAUGCUGUGAUCUGUCACUGGACUUUUAAUUUAAAAAAACAAAUGGUGCAAAAAGUAACAUUUCAAUUAGGUAAUUAAUUUUUCUAUUUAUAUAUCUUACAUACAUUUAUACAGCCACUUUUUAUUUAAAAAUUGCCCCAUGUACACCCCCGCAUCUGGGCUGAACUGAAUAAACUGGCUUACUGAAUGUAGAAAGAAAUAGGAAGUUACGCCAAAACUCUUUAAAGAAUUAUAAAGUUGUUUUUUGAUCUUCUGUGUGGGAAUAAUAUAGAGACAAAGAAAUGCACUUGGUAAAUAUUUGAUACAUCCUGCCAAUAUAUCUGCAUAUACAGUAUUUUACACACUAUUUAUUUGACAGAUGGGGUUUCCAUUGCUACUUGUCACAUCGCUCUAAUUUACAGGCUAACAUAUUUUGCUUUAAACCGGCAAAAACCUCUUUUACUACAACAUUUUAAUGAAGUCUUUUUAGUUUAAAAUGUGAAAAUCUUAAAACAAACCUACGGUAAAUAUAGACUUACUAAUGCGGUCGGUCUUUUUGGGAAACACAGUACAUUCUGUCACAAAGAUUGCUAACAGUGAUCAACCUUUUCUUUGAGAUAUUGCUCAGAGUUUUCAUCCGACAGCAGCAAUAUUGUGAUACCAAACGACACUCGUGGAGGAAUGUACGAG